GUGUUGUACCACAGAAAGGAUUAAUAGUGACACCAAUAGUUUUUCUUCUUGCUCUCUUAAGUUUCACUUCCUCUUUUUUCGCCCGAUUGAGCUGUGGCAGUCACAGUGAAGCACAACGAAAAGUCUUCAUCUCCGCUCCCCAUCAGCUUAUCGCUCCGCUGCAGCAGGAAACACUUUAUUACCUGCAAAUGGCCCUCCAGUGGCUGAGCUGCAGUACUGCAGUGUUGCUGUUUCUGGUUCACAUCACCCCAGCUGAUAUGCAGUCCUGCAAUGGGGGAAUCCCUGGGAUUCCUGGGAUACCAGGCACUCAUGGGCCCAACGGCAAUGAUGGUGCUAAAGGAGAGAAGGGAGACCCCGGUGAGGCAGAUCAUACCAUCAGGGGUCAGAAAGGAGAACCUGGUCCAAUUGGUCCUCCAGGGCGACCUGGACUGAAAGGGGACCCAGGCCAACCAGGCAGUAGGGGGUUAUCAGGUCUACGCGGGCCGAAGGGAAGCCCCUUUGGCCAACAACAAUCCUAUUUCUCCUUGAAAUCUACAACAUCAUCAGUAGUAGAUACUCCCAUCAUCUUCAAUGGACCAAUUUUGGCUGAAGAGAAUGAACCGUUUCGAGGAGAAAGACUGACAAAUGAUACAACGUACAUCUGCACCAACAGAGGCAUAUAUUUCUUCAGUUACCACAUCUCAGGAAAGUAUAAGGUGUGCCUGAAGUUGGAGAAAAAUGGUGUAAGUGACAUGGAAUUGUGUGACCAGUAUAAUGGGUUUCUGGUCGUCUCUGGGACGGCAGUUCUGGAGCUGGAAGUUGGCGACGUGGUCUCACUGAAGACAGUCAAGACGAACACCAUCCUGACAGGCCAGGCCAGCGCCAGCACCAUAUUCACUGGCUUCCAGAUCUUCCCAACCUCCUAAAUCUGCAGUCUCCACAGUUUAAUAAAUUACAAACCUUCUGGGACAGUUAAAGGAACUAAAUGAUGUUUGUGUCUUCUUUAACAGAGCAAAGACUACCCACAUUUGUAAAGGUUAGCUCUGUGUUGCAGAAUUCAUCCCAUUACACUAACCACAAAUCAUGUUUUACUCAUGCAUGUAUUACGGAAACACAGUAAACAAUUCCCCAGUUUUA